UCCGGGUGCGGUCACGUGGGCGGCGCGUCAUGUGACCUGCGGCGCUGCGGGCCGGAGGCCAUGGCCGCCCCCCGCCCUCCCCGGGUGGUGCCGGGCGAGGCCUCCGAGAGCGACUCGGAGCCGGAGCUGCUGGUGGAGACGGCCGGGGAGGCCCCCGCAGCCGGGCUGAAGGUGCCGGGCGAAGCCUCGGAGACGGACGAGGAGGAGGAGCAGGAGCAGCAGAGGCCGAAGACGCCGCCGGUGCUGGCGGAGGAGCCGGCGGCCGUGUGGGGGGGCGGCCCCUCGCUGCUGCAGCAGCGGCUGCGGGAGGGCACGGGGCGGCUGCGGGGCGCGGUGGGCAGCGCCCUGCGGCACAGCUACGGCAGCGCGGCGCGGAGCCUGGGCGGGCUCGGGGGAGCGCUGGGCCGGGCGCAGGUCACCGCGGCCGCGGCAGCGCACUGCCUGCGCCUGGCCCGCCGCGAUCUGCGCGCCGUGGCCGACACCAUCGACAUCGUCACUGCGUGUCACCUCCUGCCCGACAUCCGCGGGCAGCUCUGAGCGGCACUGGGGCACCGCCUUCAGCAUCCCCACUGCGGCUGGCGCCGGCACCUGGCGGACAUCCAGCAGCACUGCUGUCCUCGGCAUCGCCGGCAGGAUCGGUGCAGCAGCCUGCCGAGGGUGGAGCUGCGACAUCGAGUCAUGUUUGCAGCACCCCACGCUGACUCUGAAGGCCUCCUCACCACGGUGGCAUCAUCCCCAGUGUACACAGUGACACCAAACUGGCUUUGGCACAGAGACUGCCAGCCUGGUGCCUCAGGACGUGCACGUGCUGGUGACAUCUUCACUGCUGGUCCCCUGGCCAGCUGUGGCCAUCCCUGAACUGCAGCCUGGUGCUGGCUCGUCACCAUUGUCCUCAAAUGCCACUGUUUUAUGUGACAUGGAACUGAAUAAAGGCGUGGUGGUGUCAGA